AAAGCCGGCUCUUUCAUGCCGCCUUGCUGCUAUAGGAAUCUGAUUCUCAUUUCUAAAACCCAGACAGUCUUUCGGAUUCCUUUAUUCCGAGGCCAAUCACUGGUUGUCUCUCUCAUUCAAAGAUCGAAACUUACAAGAAGUAAAUCAUGUCCAGCGAAGGAGACACCACCCUCAAGUCUAUCUGCUACAAGCCUGGCUCUCUCCAGUUACUCGAUCAGAGGAAGCUUCCUUUGGAGACUGCUUACUUAGAGAUCCUUGAUGCUGAAGAUGGAUGGAGUGCGAUACAGGAGAUGGUCGUACGUGGUGCUCCUGCUAUAGCCAUUGCUGCAGCUCUUUCUUUAGCUGUUGAAGUUUCUAACUGUAGUAGUUUCGGUGGAUCAUCGGCAGAAGCUGUUUCUUUCCUUGAGCAAAAAUUGGAUUAUUUGGUGUCAAGCCGGCCAACAGCUGUUAAUCUUGCAGAUGCUGCAUUGAAACUUAAACAAGUUAUAGCAAAUGCCUUGGCUACUUCUGCCGUUGAACCUAACUCCAUUUUUAAGGCAUAUAUUGAAGCUGCUGAGAAUAUGCUCGAAGAUGAUGUCGCUUCAAACAAAGCAAUAGGGACCUUUGGUUCAAGCUUACUGAGGCAGCAAGCCCAAAAUCCUGACAAGCUUUCUGUUCUGACCCAUUGCAACACCGGCAGCCUUGCUACUGCCGGAUAUGGAACUGCCCUGGGUGUUAUCCGUGCACUCCACACUCAAGGAGUCUUAGAACGAGCAUACUGCACAGAAACUCGUCCAUUCAAUCAGGGAUCGAGACUUACAGCGUUUGAGUUGGUGCAUGAAAAGAUCCCAGCAACUCUCAUUGCAGACUCAGCUGCAGCUGCACUCAUGAAAGAUGGUCGUGUAGAUGGUGUCAUUGUUGGAGCAGACCGUGUGGCUUCAAAUGGUGAUACUGCUAACAAGAUUGGGACUUACAGUCUCGCCCUGUGCGCAAAACAUCACGGGAUACCGUUUUAUGUUGCUGCACCUCUCACCUCAGUUGAUCUUUCUCUCUCGUCCGGGAAAGAGAUAGUGAUAGAAGAAAGAACAGCAAAGGAGUUGCUGAACACACAUGGAGGGCUUGGUGAACGCAUUGCAGCACCAGGGAUCUCGGUUUGGAACCCAGCUUUUGAUGUGACUCCAGCUGAGCUGAUUGCAGGAAUCAUAACCGAGAAGGGGGUCAUAACAAAGAAUGACAACGAUGCAUUUGACAUAAGCAGCUUUGCCAAGGUGACAGGAAACUGAAGUUGUGUAGUCAGCUUUUCGAUUCGCAGAUGUGUCCAUCUCGAUGUUAUUUUAACGAUACAAUAAGCUUUGUAAUGUUUUCGACUACCGAAUUUGUAGCGGGAUAAAUAAUCAACUUGAGUGCUUUUUGUUUCUGGUGAGCAAUAUGAAAAGCAGAAUGGUGCAUUUGACAUAUGUUGUAAAGAUUGUCUUGGGAUAAGAAAGAUUGUCUUGACAUAUCCGGCAUUUGACAAUUUUAUCAAUAAGAUCGUUCGCAUUUCCGAC